AUGAAGCUGUACCACUCCAUCAACCCCGACCUCGCCGACUGGGCCGCCCGCCAACCCGUCUUCUUCACGGCCUCGGCCCCAACCCACCACCCCCACAUCAACGUCUCCCCCAAGGGCCUCUCCGCCCACUUCGCCGUCCUCUCGCCCACCUUGGUCGCCUACAUUGACCGCACCGGCUCCGGGUGCGAGACCAUUGCCCACAGCUACGAGAAUGGCCGGCUGACGCUCAUGUUCAUGUCGUUUGGCCCCGCCCCGCGCAUCUUGCGUCUGUUUUGCAAGAGCAGGAUCGUGGAGUGGGAUCACCCGGACUUUGACUCGUGGAUGAAGCGUAUUAUUCCGCAGGGUCCGCAGGGCAAGGCUGGUAAUAGGGAUUCGUAUGAUGGGGCUAGGGCUGUGGUCAUUGGCGAGGUGUGGGAGGUGCAGACGAGCUGCGGGUAUGGUGUUCCCAUGGUGCGGAAGGAGCUUUAUGCGCCUGCGACGGAUGAGCCCGCCAAGAGCAAAGACGAGCUCUCCGUCUUUGAGGAGCGACCCACACUCGACUUUUACUGGAAGAAGCGCGUCGAUAAUAAUACCGUCAACAAGUACCAGGUCGAGACGAACCGCACCUCCAUUGACGGCCUGCCUGGCUUGAAAGCCGCGAGGCGGGAUGCCGGGGAGACGCUCUGGGUUGCGGAUGCCAAGGCCCAGGUCUUGCGUGCUGCGAGGGAGACGCGUGGGGUUGUGUUGGGGGGUUUGAUUGCUGUUUUGUUCGUGGGUGGGAAGUUGCUGGUCUGGGGUUUGGUUUGGUUUCGUUGA